AUGAGUGAAUUGCGCAAGAAGCUUUUCGAGGGACGAAAGCCAGAAAGUUAUGCUCGUGUUCUGGAGAAUGAUUCCACGCCGGAAGUGGGUGUAGGCUCAGAACGUGAUAUUACAAAUCGCCAAUUCAAAGAGAACUUUUACAAACGAAGAGAUGCACUUCUACCCAUAAGAGAUAGAUACUAUUUGGAUAAUUACCAUUAUGUUCAAACAUAUUAUCUUCCUCCAAGCCUGGCAACAUCACCAAUUUUGAUAUGUCACCAUGGUGCUGGUUCGUCAGGACUGACUUUCCUUGCAUUUGUAUCUGAGUUACUAAAGGUAUGCCCUUCAGAUCAUCCAGGUGUAUUCCUCUUUGACAUGUUUGGUCACGGAAUAUCGACGGAAAGAAAGUCUCAUGAGUAUGGAUUGGAGGAGUUGACUGCUGAUUUCUCGUUUGUCCUUGACAAAUUCGUACAGCAAUACAGACCUCGUCAGCUCUUUUUCAUAGGUCAUUCUUUAGGUGGUGCAAUUAUGUCCAACUUCCUCGUCAAGCACGAGUAUAAAUGUCAAGUGACAGGUUUGGUUUUAAUCGACAUUGUGGAGGAGACUGCCAUCCGCUCGCUUAAUGCCAUGCCAUCUUUCUUGAAACUGAGGCCCAAAACAUUCCAACUCUACGAUGAUGCUCUCAAUUGGCACUUGAAAACUAGAAUCUUGAGAAAUGAGGAUUCAGCGAAGCUUAGUAUUCACGACAUGCUACAAGGUGAUGAUAUGGGGGACCUCCACUGGCGCACCGAUCUUGAACGAAUGGCCCCAUUUUGGAAGGAUUGGUUCACAGGAAUGUCAGAUCACUAUCUUCUCUGCGAUUCGUUCUCCGACAAACAUAUCGCUAAGCUCCUUAUUCUAGCAGGAAAUGAGAAUCUAGACAAGAGCUUAAUCGUCGGGCAAAUGCAAGGGAAAUAUCAAUUGAUUGUAUUUAACAAUUCGGACGAAAUUGGUCACUUUGUGCAAGAAGAUUCGCCAUCUAAGCUUUGCAUAAGCAUCAUGGAAGCGCAAACACUCGUCAAUUAG